UGGCCGGAAAACGUCGGUGGAAACGCUAGCCGCAUUCGAGCCUGCAAACCGUUAUCUGAUCUACUGAGUCGGUUUAAAUCGCAAAUCGGGAUUUUUAUUUUCGAUUCCGCCGCUUUGCCGAGUAGAGAUCCACUCCCGAGGUCCGAUCACGUUAAUAUCGAAGGGGUCAGGAUCUCGAUUCCCCCCCCCCUUCCCCGGACCCGCCCGAGCCUCCAACUCCAUUUCGUGUCUUGACACCUCCGAGUCACCAGGCCGCGACCUACCUUCACAACCAUGGGGCUCGCCAUUUCCAACUUAUUCAGUCGAUUAUUCGGAAAGAAGCAGAUGCGGAUCCUGAUGGUGGGACUUGAUGCUGCUGGGAAAACUACAAUCCUGUACAAGCUAAAGCUGGGUGAGGUUGUCACCACCAUUCCUACUAUCGGUUUUAAUGUGGAAACUGUUGAAUAUAAGAACAUCUGUUUCACUGUGUGGGAUGUUGGAGGUCAGGAUAAAAUUCGCCCCCUAUGGAGACACUACUUCCAAAACACACAGGGCCUGAUUUUUGUUGUGGACAGCAAUGACCGAGAGAGAGUCCAGGAAUCAAAGGAGGAACUACAGAAAAUGCUUCAAGAGGACGAGCUGAGGGAUGCGGUCUUGCUGGUAUUUGCAAACAAGCAGGAUUUGCCAAAUGCCAUGCCUGCAACAGACCUUACUGAAAAGCUGGGAUUACAAUGCUUGAACCGUAGAGCUUGGAACAUACAGGCUACAUGUGCUACCCAAGGUACUGGCCUAUAUGAAGGACUGGACUGGUUGUCCAAUGAGCUCUCUAGACUGUAGAAGAAUAACAUUCAUGUUCUCGCCUGCAUUGGUGUGACAACUGCUAGGACUUGAACUCAAAGACUUUAAACAGCUUAUUUUCCCUUUCUUCCAUUCUGUAUCCUUAUUUUCAUUUCAUCUCCUUCUGUUUGCCAGCUCUUUAUAAUGCAUGUUUUUUAAAAAUUUAUCCAAGGUUGGACAAGGAUUAUCCUUUCAUUCAACGAUGCAUGGAUAUUCCUUGCAGGACCAGUUUGAGGAAUAACAGCAUAAGUUGCCUCUUAGUUGCAAAUUAGAACUUUUUUUGUGAUUAAGAGAACUUUGCAACCUGCUUUCAACUGCAAUAGUUUCCCCACUGCAGUUCUAAAUACAUACCCAAGUAACUGGAUGAGCCACAUCAACAGUAUCCCACAGAGCUUGUUAAAUCUUCUGAUUUUGGACCAUAGAGUAUUUUAAAUGGUUGCUUGAUGCAUAAUAAUGCCCCUCUCUUCAGAGUUCCACAAUCAAUGUUUUUAAUAAGCGGAUUCCAGCAAAAGAAGAGGUUUUGCAUUUGUUUGCUUUCUGGCUGCAGGUGCCGUAAAUGAGCAUGGCUGUAUUGUUUCAGAUUUAGAAAAAGAGUGGACACAUGAAGCCUUGUUCAGUCACCAGCUAAACUGUAGCUUGUAGACUGAGUUUUUAAAUCUUCAUUUUGUGAAGAGUACCAGUUAUAAGAAACAGAUUCGUGAGCAAUCUUAGCUUAACUGCAGCAAUCAGGUGUUGACUGGAUAAACCAACUUUCUUUUCAUUCUCUGAUCCUUGCCCUGUGAAAGAGCCUUUUAUCUUUGUGUCAAGUUGCCCUUUAUUUUCAUGGAUGGUCAUGUCUCCCCUCCCAGUAUAUUCCUCUAAUUGUUGGCAUUUUCUUCGGUGUAACGUCAGGUGACCAGUGAGAGUUGAGGGCCAACCAAAAUCUUGCUAGGAAAUACUUUAUGAAUGGAGGUACAUCACUUAAAACUACAACAAUUUGUAUAUUUUAAUUGAUGGCUGUGCAUUUUUCAUCAACUUAAGAAUAAACCAUCAGGUUACAAAGGGCACUGGUUUGCUGUUUUAAUGGCUUGUGAGUAAAUCAUACUUUCCACUGUAGUAUAGGGCAAACUUGGUUAAUAAUUGUGCCUCUUUGUGUGUAUAUAUGUGGUUUAAAAAUACAGCCAAAUCUUAAAUUGUAUGCAUGGGCAUUUACCUCAUUCUGCCAUGGUAUGUAUUUGUGCUUAUGUAAAAAAUUAUGGGGAGCCCUUCUAAAAUUUCCCUUGUGUUAAUGUAAUGUUCUUUUUGGUUAUGUAAACACUUAGAGCUUUAGCUGCUGUAAACACAUCUGCAAAGGUUUUUUUGCGUUCCCUGUGGAAACUGUGAUCCUGAUAACUGGCAUUAAUCUAAACAGUAAAUCAGUGAGCUGAGACAAACCAUUCUGAAAUUGCUGAGGCAGAGUACCUUUCCUGAAACUGAAUCUUAAUAAAGGCCUUUUCAGAAACAUUCCCUAAUAUUUUGUGCAUGAGUUGUGCUUUCAACUUCAACUUUUAUGUUUAAAAAUGGGACCAGUGGAUGCUAUAAUGUGUCCAUCUGACAUGAUGGGCAACGGUUGGAAUUUGAUGCUCUGGAAAAUACUUCCCUCGAUGUUUGGGAGUGGUAGGAAUAUCCUACCAGUUCUGGGAAAUGAGGUGUGGUACAAAAUGCACUCAUGGUGAAUACUGGGUUUUGUAUUUGGGCAUUCCUUUUGGUGGUGGGUGGGGGGGGAGGGCGGUAAAUAACAUACCAUUUCUGAAGCUUAAAUAUUUGGCUUAGAAAAUGCAAUGUAAACCAGAUUGUUCAGAACAAAGCUUUUUUCUCCUCCCCCUGAACUAUGGAUUGAGGAUCCUGUUUGUUAGUGAGCAGGAGCCAGCGUGAAUCAAUUAUAGUGUCCUGAGACUGCCGUGCCAUUUGUGAGAUCAUGUCUCCAUUAUCCUUUAACAUGUGCAGAAAUGAUCAAAACUUCAUUCUUCUCUUUGGAUGCAAGACUGUUAACCUAACAACAUCUGAGGGUUCUAAAGAGCAGUUGUUGAUCUGAGAGAUUCUCUAUUUCCAUUUGGAUACACACUGAUUUCCUGAGUAUUUUUGGAAUUAUCAAUAAUCUUAGAUUUACAAGAUGUGCAGUUUCCUUUUAUUGCAUUUCAAUCACUCCUGUAAGCCCUGGCUUUAAUUUUUUAAGUAUAUGAUCCUUAGAGCAAUGGAAAUGGUCUUUACUGUCAACUUUAAAUAUCACAUUGUCACUUUCUUAAUUCUAAAUUAUGGUCAUUGUACAAUUUUUCUUUGUAAUUCAGCACAUUUUGAAAAUUAAGUCCUGGAGUCAUUCUGGUAAAAUUACAAAUUGUCCAGAAUUCCUCCUGAUAUUCCCACAAAUGAUCAAACCAGUUUUGUUGGUAUUCUGUAACUGUAAUGCCUUGCUUUGUAGUCAUUUAGAAAUAAAGGGCAGCAUUUUAUUAGCUCUUAUUUUUUGUACAUUUAUAACAUGCAUGUUGAUCUAUAAAAUCUCUUAGUCCUCCACUACCUAGUCUUUAGAAUGGGAUAUUUAAGUCAUAAUUUUUGGGAUAAACUAUUUGUUUUCAUUGAGUGGCAUUUGUUAGUUUGCUAUUAAAUUUGUACUUAAUGCUUCCA